UUUAGAGCAGUUUAGUUAAAGUUGUUUCAAGCCGGUCACAGCAGAGUGCAUCACAUCGAUUUGAAAUGUUCUCACUACAAAAUCUAAUAGGAACCCCACUGGGAUCCAACAAUAAAAGGAAGAAUGGAUAUGAAUUUACUCCCAUUGGUAAUAGAUCGCGUAAUCCUAACUCCAAUCAUCUUCAGACUAACGAUAAUGCUAUGAAUAGAGGGCAAGCACGUUAUGAAUCUCAAAAUAUGGCCCAGGACAAACUAGACGAUCAAAGCCUUAUGGACUCAACAUUUGAUGAUACUAUUGAUAAUUUGAAUAAUACCACUCUAACAGGAUUAGUCGCUCAAGCAAGAUCCAAAGCUCCUCCAUCAUCCAAAAAUGCAAACAGCUUCCCCAAUGCGUUUGGCCAGUCAAAUCUUGUUGAUGGUGGAAUCCACUCAAUCAAAGAACAGCAAAAUGAAAUGAACAGACUUCAUACUGAAAACUAUAAUUUGAAAAUCGAACUAGCGACUUUGAAUAAGUUUUUAAAACAAACACCAGAAGAACAACGACAAUUGGCUACUCAAAAUAUCGAUUUAAAGCAGCAAAUGUUGGAAAUUAUAAGACAAAAUAAAGAAUUGCAAGCUACCGUAAAGGAAUAUGAAUUUCAGUCUAAUAAAGAAAAUGUUUCGGAAAGUGGUCAGAAUGACUUUGUUAACUCUAUUAAAAUACAAUAUAAAGAAAUAAUACAGGAAAAAGAUGAUCAACUCACCCAAUAUGAAAACCAAAUAGAAACUCUAAGGCUACAAUUAGAACAACAAAUAAAAGAUAAACGAAUCCCGGAUGAAAUUCUUGAAAGGCUUGAAUUUUUACAAGUUGAUAACCAAAGCUUGAGAAGAAAAAUCGAUGAUAUUACCACCGAUCUGAAAAAUAUGCCGCAGGAUUAUGAACGUGAUUCAUUUGAGAGUUCUGUUAAAAAUCUUCGUCUUCAAUUACAAGAUAAAAUGUCAGAGUUGACCUCUACUGAGAACGAACUUAAACGAUGGAAAGAUAAAUACCAGGCAAUAAACGCUGAGUACGACGGAUUUACUGCCUCCAGAAAUGAUAACUUAUCCAAAGUAAGACACGAACUUAAUGAUUUGAAACAACAAAAAGACAUGGAAACUGAAAAGUUGAAAAGAGAAAUGAAAUAUCUUCAGAAACAAUUAGAAGAAAAGACUCAGGAAGAAUCUCAUUUACGAACUGAAUUGAAGCGUUUAAUUGAUUCGGGCAAUUCUGCAUCGAAUAAAUCUGCUGAGAUCGAAGUCUAUCAAUCCCAAAUCAAUACUUUAAGGUCUAAGGAAGCAAGAUUGUCCCUUGAGAAUAAACAAAUUAGGGAUGAAUUAGCAGAAUUGCAGGAUCAAGCAUAUCAAGUUAAUGUGAAUGCAAGUAGACUCCAUAUGUUUCAGAAAGAGAACGAAGAACUCCAUGAUAGACUUAAUUAUUAUGAAAAGGAAUAUGGAAUGGCACAAGAAGCUUUGGAAAGUGCUGAGCAUGAUCUUGAAAACUUCAAUAGUAACAAAUUAAGGUUGGAAACGAGACUUCAUAGUUUGGAAAGAGAUAACGAAGGCCUUUUGAGUAGAUUGAAAAAUAUGACUAAAUCUUCAACUGAUCCAGCUCUUCCGGAACUAAGAGACCAUUCCAAAAAACGAGAUGAACAUGAAAAGCAAAGUUUAAUUGAGGAAAUUGAUGAUUUGAGAUUUCAAGUCAAGAGACUACAAAAAGAAUUGGAUUUUGAAAAGACUAAUAAGGACAUACCAAAUCCUAACGUUUCUUAUCUUGAGGUAGAAUACCAAAAGAUUUCGAAAGAGAAGAAUCAAUUGAGAUUGUCAAAUGAUGAACAAGAAAUUGAAAUUCGGGAGUUCAAGUCGAAAUGUAACAAAUUACAAGCAACAAUAGAAGAUAAGGAAUCUCUUAUUGAAUCCCUCGAGUCUAGAGUCAGAGAACUCAAUAAGCAGAUGAAAUUAUCCACACUUGACGGAAACGAUAAUAAAGAUGAGCUAUUGAAAUUGAAAAAUCACUAUGAGUCAAAAUCAAGAGAAUUAGAAGCGGAAUUCGGAAGACUUGAAAAUGAUUAUAGAGAUCAAAUUGCAUAUUAUAAAGAUAGAGUUAAUUCAAUGAUAGAUCAACAACUUGAAGGUGAUUAUCAUAAAAGAAGCAUGGAAGUUCCUUCUAUUUCACCACUCACUACUUUAUUGGAGCAGCAAUUGGAUCGUGCAAGAGAUUUAAAUAAUGAUCUUUCAAAGAAGUUAUCUGAAGCCUUAAGUAAAGAAGAAACAUUCUCAACACAAAUUAAGGCAUUAAACUCAAAUGUGGAAGAAUUUACGCUGAGAAGCGAAAAAUUACAAAAAGAAAAGUCCAAACUUGAAGAAUUAGUUUCAGAAUUAAAGAUUGACAGUCAAGCAUUGGAAGCUGAAAAUAACAGAUUGGAGUUGAAGUCAAAAAAUUUGGCCAAUGAGCUUAAUACCUCUUUCAAGCAUUGCACCAAAUUGGCAUCCAAGCUAAAUGACCUUGAUAUUUAUGGCAAUAAAGCUUCUGCCAUUAAGGAAGACGAUAUAAUCAGGGCACAGAGGAAUAACGCUUAUUUGAAAAAACAAAUCGAUCAACUUACUCAAAAAAUGUCUUCAGCAAGUAUUUCCGCUACUUCAGCAUCUAAAUCGACUUUAUCAGACGAGCUCAAAUUAGCCAAACAUCAAUUGCAGUUUUAUAAAGCAGUUCUUCACGAUAUUAAUCUUAAGUCUAAUGAUUUAAGUUUGAUGAAUGAUUUCAUGAUGAAGUCUAUCAAGAACUCGAAUCAAUCUAUCAAAAAUGAAUUAGUUAAAUUAGCACAUUGUGGGAUUUACCCUGAUUACUCUUCUAUAGAAUUGCAAAGGUUGAAGAACGGUGGUAAGGUAUCUUUUAGAAUCGUUGCUCAAUUCGUAUUGGCAAUGGUAAAGAUAAAGAGAAGAAGUGAAAAAGCGGAGCUUAGAAGAAUGAAACUUGCUGAAUUGAAGAAUGAAAUUGAAAAAGAUAAAAUCACCCUUCUUGCCGGUUAAAAUGGACUUUUUACGAUAACAUUUUACGUUUGUAU